CUUUUAUAAAUCUCUCAUCAAAGAGAUCAGUUAAUUACGUGCUCUGUGCAGAGUGAGGCAGACUCGAACGGUUCAACCAAGCUGACCAUAGACAUUAUAUGUGCAUUUAAGUAAAUGCUUUAUUUAUUUUGCAAAUAAUACAUUUUUAAAGUAAUUUCUGCAAACAUUGUGAACAUAGUUUAGAGUAUUUUUUUGUUUAGUAGAGAAUCAAAGUUGCGCUAAUUUAAAAAAAAGCUUGCAUUCCGUUUCAAAAAUGUUUUCAUUAUUCUUUUGCGCCGGUUUUUUGCUUGUACCUUUACUCACCGAAGCUAGGGUCUCCAAACGAUACGUCAUCGGUUGUCCAGAUCGCUGUGACAAGUCGCGAUGUCUCCCUAUCCCGGCUGAUUGCUUGGCCGGCGAUAUACUGGACCAGUGCGACUGCUGUCCGGUUUGUGCAUCUGGAGAGGGUGAAAUAUGUGGUGGUACAGGCAGAUUAGGCGACCCGGAAUGCGCAGAGGGGCUGGAAUGCUCGGUGUCGGACGGAGUAGGCAACACCGCAACAGUCAGAAAGCGAGGCAAGAGUGGCGUGUGCGUUUGCAAAAGUUCCGACCCUGUAUGCGGCAGCGAUGGCGUCUCCUAUCGAAACGUAUGCGAACUGAAAAGGGUUAGCAGUCGGGCGCAAAAACUGCAGCAGCCACCUGUCAUCUUCAUCCAAAGAGGAGUCUGCGGGCAAGGUCAGGAGAAUCCAGACAGCCUGAGGCACAGAUACAACUUCAUUGCUGAUGUCGUGGAGAAGAUCGCACCUGCCGUGGUCCAUAUUGAACUGUAUCGCAAGAUGGUGUUUUCUAAGAGGGAGGUGGCAGUGGCCAGCGGGUCAGGCUUUGUGGUGUCGGAAGACGGCCUCAUCGUGACAAACGCCCACGUGGUGGCCAACAAGCACCGUGUGAAGGUGGAGCUGAAAAGCGGCGCCACUUACGACGCCAAGAUCAAAGACGUGGAUGAGAAGGCGGACAUCGCCCUCAUCAAGAUCGACACCCCGAUGAAGCUUCCGGUCCUGCUGCUGGGCCGUUCGGCUGACCUGAGGCCGGGCGAGUUCGUGGUGGCCAUCGGGAGCCCCUUCUCCCUGCAGAACACCGUCACCACCGGCAUCGUCAGCACCACCCAGCGCGGGGGCAAGGAGCUCGGCCUGCGCAACUCCGACAUGGACUACAUCCAGACGGACGCCAUCAUCAACUACGGAAACUCAGGAGGCCCUCUGGUGAAUCUGGACGGGGAAGUCAUUGGGAUCAACACUCUUAAAGUUACUGCUGGAAUCUCCUUUGCCAUCCCCUCCGACAAGAUCCGGCAGUUUCUAGCCGAGUCACAUGACAGGCAGGCCAAAGGGCAAGCGGCACCAAAGAAGAAGUACAUUGGCGUAAGAAUGAUGACUCUUACUCCAACACUGGCCCAGGAGCUGAAGGAGCGACAGAAAGACUUCCCCGAUGUCACGUCGGGGGCAUACGUCCUUGAGGUCAUCGACAAAACACCAGCUGCAUCUGCCGGCUUGAAGGAGAGCGACGUCAUCAUCAGCAUCAACGGGCAGCACAUCUCUUCCGCCGGCGACGUGAGCAGCGCCAUAAAGACGGACAACACGCUGCGGCUGGUGGUGCGGCGCGGGAACGAGGACGUCCUCCUCACCAUCGUCCCCGAGGAGAUCGAGCCUUGACCACUCCCCUCGCCACGAGCUGGUUCUCAGUGUCUCACUAUGGACCCUCGCUGGGUGUGUCUGGAGCCACGCCCACUUUAGAAUUGUAACCAAUAGUCUCUCUCUCCCUGCGGCCUGGCAGGGCUGAAAACUCCACCUCCAGGAACUGAACUGUGUGCAGGGAAAAACACAACCAUAUUUUAGACCCUCAGCUAUCUGUGUAUUUUACUUUUUUGCCAUGUAUGCUUCAGAAGCCAGUAGUACUGUCACCUAAUCCAGCCCCAGUGACCAGUGUUUCCUUAUUCCUUCUCCUGUUUCAUUUUUUAUACUGUACUUAAUUUCUAAUUUCCCAGUGGAACCCACCAGUCUAUUGAGAAGUGGAGAAGCAGAAAGAAGAGUGGGCAUUGCAGGCUACCGUAGUUUUUUACGUUUUUUUUGUUGUUGUUGUUGUUGUUGACGUGUUUUUGUUUUCUUUUGGCCGACAAAAGGGAAAGGGAAAUAAAAUAUUUUAAUAGUCUAUCUACUGAACACUUUUAAUAUUAUAAUCACAACCUUACGUAGAGCUGUGUUUUUUACACUCCCUCCUCAUGUUUAUGCACACAAAGCACCUCAACUGUUCUCUUCCCAAUGGUAGAUGCAAAUGAUGAAAUCUGAAUGUGAUCACUGCCUGGUUUUGAUUAACGUUCCAGCGGAGUGACUAAUUAUCUAAAUUUAUCCCACGGCGAGAUCAAUGAACUUCGGCUAUGACUAAGCAAAUGUUCUGUACCCGUACGAACGUACAAAUACAUACGCCCAUAGUGCUGACACAAAUCAGGGUACAUACAGUGCCCAGCUCAGCCAUAUUCUGCCAUGCAAACGUUAAACUAUUGCACAACUUCAUGUAUAAUGCAAACAUUUCAAGUAAAUACUUUUGGACUUAAGCUUUCAUUAAGCAGAUACUGUAGGGAAAAAUACUGCUGCAAUGCUAGUUCUCCACUCCGAUGACCAAUGAUCACUGACUUGACAUGUCCCUUUAGUAUUUAUUUGACCCCUGAGAAUGCCUGCAAGAGAUCUAGUGGACAGAAACGUGAAUGGAAAACAGAACCAGUUGUCCUAGUCUUCCAAUAUCCAUCAAAAACUUCAUGCAAAAAUGUUAUCCCUGGGUUUGGUUCAAUGUUUCAAGCAGAAACAUUUAAAAAAGGAGGGGGGGGGGGGAGCAAAUUCAGACAUGUUAUGUAACAUCUGUGAAUACAAAUGUGAGCUGUGUUGUAUCACUUACUGCAAGAAGAUCGUCAUCUUGA